AUGGCAACCCAGAAUUAUGGUGAGCAGAGAAUUGGUAUUGAAGACAUACCACCAAUUCCUACUAAUCAAACUUCUUCGAGCUCAUCAAGUGGUGACCCAUCUGAUCCUGGGUUAACAUUUAUUCAUAUUCUGUUCGUUCUAAGCGUGAUCCAGGUUGUAGCAUCCCUCGUGGGUUUGUGGGUGUCCAUAGUUUAUGAGCAUCCAGACUACGAACUGAUUUCAUGGGUUGUGGGCUAUGCUUCUGGCUGUGCUGUAAUUGUAAUAUUUCCUCUUCUUUACUUCCGAUGUCGCAUCACAAGCACCUUGAAUCUGCGUCAGCGUAAAGUGAUGACAGGCUUCUGGAUAACCAUGAGCUUCUUCUUUCUAGUGUGGUACGGUUUGGGUAUUGCAUUCUUUGCUGGGGGUUCUUCUUCUAACCAUGGUGCACCCAGAUUGGAAACGUAUAAAUUUCUUCUGCAUUAUUCCAUUUCUAUUGGAGUAGUUGUAAUGUUUGGAGUCACUCAGCUAUUAGUUGGCCCUCCUUGCAGGUUACUCGUUGUGUUGCUUUUUGUUGGCUGUCUACUGAGUGCAUUGCCAGCCAUUGCAUUAACUGUAGCAUUCUGUGUGUGUUUGCCUUGUUUGAUUUGGGUAAUACUGGACUCUGCGAAGGAAAAAUCUAGAGGAGCCAGUACCCCAGAUUCCCUUGGGGCACUGCCUACCUGCAAGUUUAAAUCAAAGGAAAGUGGAGGAAGAUCAGGUGACGAGGGUGGAAUAGUCUUGGCCGCAGGAACAGAAAAGGAGCGCACCUUAUCUGGAGAAGAAGUGGUUUGUUGCAUUUGCUUGAGAAAAUUUGCAGACAAUGAUGAGGUGCGGGAGGUACCAUGCUGCAGCCAUUUCUUCCAUGUGGGGUGUCUGGAUAAAUGGCUGAAGAUCAAAGCACGCUGUCCUCUCUGUCAAUCUCAGCUUGGCGUGGCUGCUGAGGGUGUAACAGAUGCCACCCACUCCAGUGACAAUCCAAGUUAG